UGAUUUACCAUCAGAUGUUGGACCCUCAGCAAUAUAGGUACGGUUUUCAGGAUUCACUGCUAAGUUGCCAACAAAAGAGGGUGGUGGUUUAGUUCCAUUAUUAGCGUUGAACUCGUUGGUUGCUGGAUUUCCAUCGCUGUAUGCCUUCAGUGAAGAACCUGCUGGUAAUUCACUCAAAGAUAUGUUGUUUAAAGGCUUCUCAUUCUUUUGCCCAUCCUUCGGCUCAACCUUGCUUCCCUUACCUCUACGACAGCAGAACAAAACCAGCGCAACCACAAGAACAAUUCCCACACCAGCUGCUACAAUACCAGCAAUUAUGCCCGUCCGGCUUUCUUCAUGCUUCUUUGGCGGGCGAGACUUGGGAGAAGCUCGUGGAAGAGGUGGUGAGCGAGCUACAGUAGAUGGAGGUGAAUCCAAAACAUCAGUGUCGCCCACUGGCGGUAGCAGUUCUGGCGACGGCGCCGGGGCCACAACAGUAGGAGAAUUGGUUGGUGCAUUACUUGGCGACAACAUUGGAGCAUGAAUGGGAGACAGUAAUGGAGAAUUAGCCGGUGAUUCUGCAUCAGGAGACGGAGCUGGAGCUGCAGUAGGGUGCGGUGGUGAUGAACCUUGAAACAAUCUAAUUAAUUGUCUCAUGUGAAUAUUGGACCCUACGAAAAUGAACUCAAUUGAUCUCCUAACCCAAUCAGAUAAGCUAGGAGGACUAAGUUCAGAAUCACGAGAAAACAUACUUUUCUUUUUUAAACAAUCCAACAAGCCAUGUUUCAUUUCAGGAGAAUAUUGUUCUAUUUUGCAGAUGAUGAACAGCUGCUGGCAUGCAUUCAUUCAAACGAUCAAAUCCUCCUCCAUGAACAGAAAAGGAAGCAAAAAACAGAAACAAAAAGGAAACUGGAAUUGGCUCUUCGAUUACUCUACAAUGGAGGAUCUCCCCGUCGUCGGCGCCCACUUCUCGCCGCCGCAGUCCGUCAGUUUCUCCUGGUCCAAUCCCUCCAUCAACUUUCCUUCUGAUAAACACAGCCUUGAGGUAGACUGCUCAUAUGAAGAUCUGGACAGCUUAAAGGAAGUAGGUCGGAAACGUCUAAAAGCUGAAACAAGUUCUGCAUCUACCUCCAAAGCCUGGAGAGAGAAACUGAGGAGAGAUAAGCUGAAUGAGAGGUUCUUGGAAUUAUCUGCUGUCCUGGAACCUGGAAAACUACCCAAAACAGACAAGGUUGCCAUCUUGAGUGAUGCUAUCAGAAUGAUGACUGAUUUACAAUGUGAAAUCGAGAAGCUGAAAGAAUCAGAGGAUGAUUUGAAGGAAAAAAUCAAGGAAUUAAAGGUUGAGAAAAAUGAACUUCGUGAUGAGAAGCAAAGAUUGAGAGCAGAGAAAGAAAAAUUGGAGGUGCAAAUCAAAGCAGUGAAUGCUCGAGCAGCAGCUGACAUCCAACAUCCUCCCCCUACGUUGUCAGCUGCUUUUACAGCACAAGGACAAGCUGCUGGUAACAAGUUGAUGCCUUUCAUUGGUUAUCCCGGCAUUGCCAUGUGGCAAUUCUUGCCGCCUGCAACCGUCGACACGUCUCAGGAUCAUGUGCUCCGCCCACCAGUUGCUUAAAAAGGAGGACAAAUGAUUUGGUUCGUUUAUUGUGCUGUUAUGAUUAACAAUGCCUUUACAUGUUUGUGUUUGGUUUUGAAUUGUUCAAGAAACUCCUGGUGGUGUAAAAACUUUGUUUGAGGACUAAGCAGAUGUUGCAUUCCUAACUAUAUAUAAAUAAAACCAAGUUUAUCAUGUGA